UUGGCCUUCGGAGGCCGCCGUAGCGCGGGGGGCGGGACUCUGCACCAAAGCCGGGCAAGAUGGCGGCUUUCGUCCGCGUCCUUCCUCGCGCGGCGCUUUCCGCCCCUGGGAGGCGUUAUGGCAUUUCUCCCGGUGUGCUGUCGCUUCUUCAACAAGAUCGCUCAGUUCAUUAUACGGUGAUGCCACAUGGGCGCAGUGGACGUUCCUCGGUCAGUGGUAUUGUUGCCACAGUCUUUGGGGCCACAGGAUUCAUGGGCCGAUAUAUUGUUAAUCACCUAGGCCGUAUCGGUUCUCAGGUUGUCAUCCCGUAUCGCUGUGAUGAGUACGAUCUCCUGUACCUUCGGCCCAUGGGUGACUUGGGACAGAUCAUUUUUAUGGAAUGGGAUUCACAACAAGAUUCUACCCGAAGAGCUCUCGAAAACAGCCACGUGGUAAUCAACCUCGUCGGAAGAGAUUGGGAAACCAGAAACUUCAAGUAUGAAGAUGUCUUCGUUUCCAUUCCUAGAGAUAUCGCUCGCCUCUCGAAACAAGCCGGAGUAGAAAAAUUGAUUCACUUUUCUCAUUUGAACGCAGACAGUAAAAGUCCUUCAAAAUACCUUAGGACUAAAGCGGUAGGAGAAAAUGUUGUCAGGGAAGAAUUUCCAGAUGCCAUCAUUAUGAAGCCUUCUGAUAUAUACGGGAGAGAAGAUAGGUUUUUAAACUCAUACGCAGAGAUGCGACGUUUUCGCGGAGUGCCUAUGAUUGGCUUUGGGAGGAAAAGGAAGCAGCCCGUUUACGUGGUUGAUGUAGCCCAGGCAAUAAUUAAUGCUAUCAAGGACCCUGAUUCUAAAGGGAAAACAUAUGCCUUGGUUGGCCCUCACAGAUACAUCCUGUAUGAUAUGGUCAAGUACCUGUACUCGGUCAUGCACAGGCCUUUCUUGUUGUACCCUCUGCCUAGCCCCAUCUACCACUUUAUUGCGAGCUUCACAUCUCCGACAAGAGGUUUUCCUGAUCUCCCUGGCUUGGAGGACUUGGGUAUCAACCCAACUCCGCUAGAAAUGAAGGCCAUCGAAGUUCUACGACGCCAUCGCCAAUCCUUCUGGGUGGAUACAGAACUUGAAAAUGCAAAACCGGCCACUCCAGUCACUCACAUGUAACACAGGGAUCUCUUUAAGACUUCCGGGCUGAAAUGACCUUGGCUUCCUCGGCUUGAAGAAUUCUGUACAAAGCAGGUUAAACUCUUAGAUAACCACAUCCAGGUUGUUUUCCUAUCCUCUUUGUUUCGUGAUCACGAGAGGCCAUCACACUUGUUACUUUCAUGUAUGGUGGUUAUUUAAUAUGUGCCAGGGGGGGAGGAGUUCUUGGCCAAACAAAAUAGGGCCUAGGGAGGAGGUUACGUUACCAACUGAAGGAGCUCAGAAGCUGAGUAGCUCCAACACCAGGUCUCCCCUCGAGUAGAGCACGGGGAUAAUACAAAGAUCUGGAGGGGGAGGAAGUAACUCUAAAGACCUUAGAAAAUAUGACGCCAGCA